AUCAACGGUCUUUAUUAAUAUCUCGUUAAUGAAUGCAUUGAACUUAACCUCUGCAGAUUUAAGUGAUAAGUGUAUAGUACAUGUUUAGACUGUAUCACAUAACGCACAAUUACGAAUUUGAGCAAUUCUUUUGAUUGAUUGAGUUAAUUAAAAUAAAAUAUGGUUUUCUUAUCGUUAUCUUUAUUGGUAAGAUCCCGAGGACCCGAUGAAUUUUGGCGCAAACGCAAAAUAUUCAGGCUCGCUGCACAUUACAUAGGCAGAAGAAGAAAUUGCUACAGCAUAACAAUAAAAAAUGUACAUAGAGCUUUAGAAUAUAGCACUGCAGGCAGGCAACAAAAACGGGAAGAUAUGCUAGAGUUGCAGGAACAGAGAAUAGAUGCUGCUACACAUGAACAUGGUAUAUCUUUCAAAGUUUUUACGCAAAGUUUGGCUCGAUGUAACAUUUUGCUGAAUCGAAAAGUAUUAGCUGAUUUAGCAAUUUGGGAGCCACGUUCUUUUAAAUCAUUAACAGAUAUCGCUUGUGCAAGAGCAAAACAGGAUCAUUUCAAAGAAAUUUCACAUGUUGAAGUACCAAAGAGUGUUUUUGUAAGAGGAUUGAUUAAAUAAGCUCGCACAACAAUUGUGUGAAGUAACAUACUUGUUUUAAUAUUUACUGAUAAUUUUGAUGAUACUUCUAAAUUUUAUUCAAACAAAUCCAUAUAAACAAAAACUACUAAUAGUUACUUAAUUUAAGUAAUUUCUGGCUAUGGAAUUAUAUUAACAAAAUAAUCCAGAAUAAACAGAAUUGUUACUUCAGUUUAAGUAGUUUCUGAUUCUAGUAUGCACAUUUUGUAGCGUCACAAAUACACUCAAGAGUUAUAUGUACAACAGUUGUAACAACAAUAUACCUCUGUAGUAUAGAUACAUAGCAAGCAUUAUAAGCUUGAUUGAAAA